AAUCUGAACGCCUGAUAUAGUGAUACCCGGAAAAUCAUCUCACUUACUCAAGACUCAACACUCGAUACUCGCUGCUCACUGUCUACUCUUGGAUCAGGAGUAGUUCUAUUGCUCCUACUCCGGAUAAGACGUUAACAUAUUAUUAAUAUAGAUUUCAUUCGAUUUUGAAAAUAUUUUAUACCUUAUAAGUUGAAAUAGUUCUUAAGGAUGACGACGAUACUAGACAGAAUCUCGGCCAUCGAGGCCGAGAUGGCCAGAACUCAGAAGAAUAAAGCGACAGCUGGACAUUUAGGUUUGCUGAAAGCUCGUAUUGCCAAACUUCGACGAGAACUUAUAACGCCCAAAGGUGGCGGUGGAGGUACUGGAGAAGGUUUUGAUGUAGCUAAAACUGGAGAUGCUAGAAUUGGUUUUGUAGGUUUUCCUUCUGUCGGUAAAUCAACAUUGUUGAGUAAUCUAGCUGGUGUUUAUUCAGAAGUUGCUGCAUAUGAGUUUACAACUUUGACCACAGUUCCUGGAUGUAUUAAAUACAAAGGGGCUAAAAUCCAACUUUUAGAUUUACCUGGUAUCAUUGAAGGUGCUAAGGAUGGUAAAGGUCGUGGACGACAAGUUAUUGCUGUGGCUCGCACAUGUUCAUUGAUUUUCAUUGUUUUGGAUGUUCUUAAACCAUUAAAACAUAAAAAAUUAAUUGAACACGAAUUGGAAGGAUUUGGAUUAAGACUUAACAAAUCGCCACCAAAUAUAGUUUAUAGGCGAAAGGAUAAGGGUGGAAUAAAUUUACAGACCAUGGUACCACAAAGUGAAUUGGAUUUGGAUACCGUAAGAACUAUAUUAUCAGAGUACAGAAUUCACAACGCUGAUAUUACUCUAAGAUAUGAUGCUACCUCUGAUGAUCUUAUUGAUGUUGUUGAAGGAAAUCGCAUAUAUUUACCUUGUAUCUAUAUACUUAAUAAAAUUGAUCAAAUAAGCAUAGAAGAAUUGGACAUCAUUUAUAAAAUACCUCAUACAGUACCCAUAAGUGCUCACCAUAAAUGGAAUUUUGAUGACCUUUUAGAAAAGAUGUGGGAAUACUUGAAAUUAGUUAGAAUUUACACCAAGCCUAAAGGACAGUUACCAGAUUACGGAUCUCCAAUUGUCUUGCAUAAUGAAAGGAAAAGUAUAGAAGAUUUUUGUAAUAAACUUCAUCGCACCAUCGCCAAAGAAUUUAAAUAUGCUCUGGUUUGGGGAUCAUCUGUUAAACAUGUGCCUCAAAAAGUUGGAAAAGACCAUGAACUUGAAGAUGAAGAUGUUGUGCAGAUUGUUAAAAAAAUUUAAAUAUAAUAUGUCUAGUACAUAUUAUUUUAAAUUUAACAAUAAUAAAAAACGUUAUUUUUUUUAA